AUGUCUUUCAACGACGAAACGAAUCUGAAUGUCGUUAUUGAUCGAGAAGUCCUUGAGGGUCAUUAUUUGAAGUCAGCACUGAUUCCAUUGAUUGCAAUCAUUAUAUGCUCGAUGGCUUACGGGCUAAUCAUUCGAACCGUUCGUAAUCACUCCAUUCGAACAUCUCAUAAGGACAUUCGAUUGAGCGUUCAGGUAAUUGGACUGUUGGUGGCCCUUCUCGUCACAUGUGUGCACUUUUGCACGCAGUACUAUUUAAACUACAAUAAGAUGACCAGCUGGAUAUACGCGAUGCGUUACUACACUCCGUUAUGGGUUGGUUUACUAACAUUCAUCAAUCCAUGGAUGAUCAUCAUCAUGAAUACGGAAGUACGACAGCUAACAUUAGGACGGAAGGAUACGCGAGAUUAUAGCAGCGGAAAUCCAGCUUUUAUACAAACUCUAGGGGUAAAUGCAUUAGCUAGGAAACCAUCUACUUCUCAGCCGAAAAGAGGAAUCUGA